UUCAAUCUGACUUUGUCAAAACUAUGUGUUAUGUGUAAAUAAAAUUAUUUUAUAAUUUUCAAUGAUUUUAUCAGAUAAUACAGGACAAAUUAACGUAGAUUUGUUAUUAUAAUCUUACUGACAAUAAAACAUGAAAUUCAAGUUAUAGAAAUAUGUCCGUGUGGAAUUCCUAUAAUAUAUUAUUUACCCCACCCCCACCACCGAAACCUGACCAUAUUGUAACACGUCCUCCAAGAUGUUGCCCCGUGGACUGUCUCGGCUACCCGCAGAGAUGCUGUGGCUGCAUUCCUUUGCUAAUUGGGACAAUUGUUAUAUGUGUCAUGUCUUUUAUGGGGGCAAUAAUAGAAUUGAUGCAAUCGGAGAAAUUGAUGGAUAUAAUUUUUCAUGAAAACGAUGAUUUGUCAAUAUACUUCAAAUUGUUCUAUUUGUUCGUGAUAAUUAUUUAUUUAGCGACCUGUUUCAUGUUAUUUGUUGGAAUCAUAACUAAAAAAGUUCAACUGAUACAAAUAUAUGUCUGUACCGCAUGUAUCUUCAACUGCAUAUGUGUAGCCAUCAAAAUUAUGUUAGUUGCUGUCCAGAUGUUCGAGGGAAGUUUGGAAAAGAAAUCCCUUAUCGUCAUACUUAUUGUAAUUUUGUGGCAUACUACAUUCUUCUACUACGUCAGUGUUGUAAAUAGCUUCAAGUAUCAGCUGUGGUACCAUUGGUGAAUAAACUAUUGUAAAUAUAAUAAUCAUACUUUUUUUAUUUAUUUUUCUUACAACCAUUCUUUAUUGCGCUUCUAAACGGGCAAUAUUGUACACUAUUAGCCACUUAUUAAUAUUUCUUAUUAACCCAGUCUGAUAUUAAUAAGUCUAUGAAACUCUUCUACUCUUUUCAAAAAGAAGUUCCUAGAAAUAAAUG